AAUGCACAAACUUUAUUACGAAACACUAGUUGAAUGAAAAACUUAUUUCCAGUUUCAAAAUGACGAGAGAAAUCUUUCUCUGACCUUGUGAAAUGUUAACCUGUACCUUCGAUGUAUUUUAAUUAACGUAAGUAAAGAUGCAACGGUGUGUGUCGAAACUCGAAAGUUCCUCUUCGGCAUUGCGACACAUCUGCUACGUGCGGUAACGAUACAACUGUACAAGAUACAAGUACAAAGUACAACGCGUCCUGUCCAGUCCAAUCCUGUUCGACUUUCACUCGAUGUGACUCGAUGGUAUCGAGUAUCGAGGAUAGAACAGAACAGAACAGAACAGAACAGAACCGAACCAACCAACCUAGUGGAAUCUCAGUGGGGAAGCGUAUAGAGAAGAAUCGUAACCGUAACGGAUUCCUAAACGAGGUAGGGAAACGGUGGAGAAUCAGAGAAACGAAAACAUACGGAUCGUACGGUUAGCGUUAGUAAUGGUGUCGGUCGCUACUUUGCAUCAAACAGAUUCAAUUUCAUCGGAUAAUUGAACCAGUUUUGCUCAAGAGCGAAGAAUCGACUGUCGCGGAUUCGCAGUUGCCCGUUACACAGUGACAAACUUUCGAAACUUUCCUCUUAAUAUACAUACCUUGCAAUCAUCGCUAUGUCGAAACACACUACCUGGACGGCAGUCAUCUUUGCCACACUAAUCGUUGCCUUUCUUGUCGGAUUAAUUACUGAAAGCGUAGCAACGAUAGCUCAACCGAAGGCGCCUAAUUUUCAAUACUUCGAACGGCCCAAGUACCGCUACCCAUACUAUGAUGAAAACGGCAGAGGAAAAUUACUCUACGGCUACGGAGGACCAGACUUGUAUCAAUAUAAAACUUAUAGUGCUCUGGAAGGAAUCCAUUAGUAACUGGGAGUACAAAUCACGCUACAAAGUAAACUACUCGACAACCUUUCGAUAAAUUGUGAUUAUCGGUAUAUAGAUAGACGACUUUAGAGUUAUACAUACAUAUAACACAUAUACGAUUUUGGUUCCAAUUACAACAAAUUAUAUACCACUCACGUGCAAACAAAUAUUUGUAACCUGCGAUGUAUUGUAAUAUAUUGUAUAAUAUUGUUU